CUGAAGGCGAUCAGCCGCCUCACACAACCUGUUGAGGAGCCGCUAAAAACGUUCGUUCACUUAAGACGCGGACAUGGAGAAAGAUGCUCGACCCAACUGGGACAGUCCUUUGCAGUUCGUGUUGGCCUGUGUGUCUUAUGCGGUCGGACUGGGGAACGUAUGGCGAUUCCCAUACCUGUGCCAGAUGCACGGCGGAGGUGGUUUCUUGAUUCCAUAUCUUGUGAUGCUGUUUAUUGAGGGUGUGCCUUUAUUCUAUAUGGAGCUUGCCAUUGGUCAGAAGAUGCGCUUGGGAAGCAUCGGGGCCUGGUCGGCCAUUAACCCGUAUUUGGGAGGAGUGGGUCUUGCGAGUGUUGUAGCAUCCGUGUAUCUUUGCCUCUACUACAACAUUAUCAAUGCAUGGAGCUUCUGGUACCUCUUUCACUCAUUUCAAUCUGUCCUGCCCUGGUCAGAGUGUCCCGUUAAUUCCAACCAGACCGGACUUGUAGAAGAGUGCCAAAAGGCUUCUUCGACCCAAUACUUCUUUUUUAGACAAACACUGAACACGUCUUCUUCGAUUGAAGAGAAUGGAGGCAUCCACACAGGUCAGGCUUUGUGUCUCCUGCUGGCCUGGGUGAUCACCUACCUCUUUAUUAUCCAUGGAGUAAAAUCAUCUGGGAAGGUGGUUUACUUCACUGCCACAUUUCCUUAUGUGGUCCUCAUUAUUUACCUCAUCCGGGGUUUGACUCUUCCUGGUGCCAUCUAUGGUAUCAAGUACAUGUUCACGCCUAAGAUGGAAGAACUGGCCAAUCCCACUGCAUGGAUAAAUGCUGCUACUCAGAUUUUUUUUUCUCUGGGUUUGGGAUUUGGCUCGCUCAUAGCGUUUUCCAGCUACAAUCAAUACAACAACAACUUUGAGAAACAGGCCUUCAUCGUCUCACUCAUCAACAGUGGAACUUCAAUCUUUGCUUCCAUUGUCACCUUUUCCAUUUAUGGCUUUAAAGCCACGGUUAACUAUGAGAACUGCCUGGAGAGGACACGCAUUUUGCUGCUAAAUACUUUUGAAUUGGCGGAGGACACUAUCAACAUAAACAAUGUGUUUGACUGGAUUAAAACACUCAAUGCAACGUACCCGGAGCAGUUUGCUGAACUUGGCAAUAAACUGGAAGCCUGUGACCUAAAUGAUGAACUAGACACGGCAGUGGAAGGGGUUGGUCUCGCUUUCAUCCUGUACAGUGAAGCCAUUCAAAACAUGCCCCUGCCUCAGUUGUGGUCAGUGUUGUACUUCUUCAUGCUUCUGCUUCUGGGAUUGGGCAGCAUGCUGGGCAACUUGACUGCCAUUACCACCCCACUACGAGACUUUAAGAUACUGUCCAAAGUUAGCAAUGAGGUGUUAAACGGGACAUUGUGUCUAAUCCUGAUGCUUCUCGGCCUGGCCUUUACCACCCCAUCUGGAAAUUAUUGGUUUACCAUAUUUAAUGAAUACGGAGCAUCUUUCUCUCUGCUUUUUGUUGUCCUCGUUGAGAUUCUGACUGUCAGUUACCUUUAUGGACUCAAAAGGUUUGAAAAAGAUAUUGAAGACAUGCUUGGCCACCCUCCAAACUGGUACUUGAAGAUCAUGUGGGGCAUAGUCAGCCCUCUUCUCCUAAUAUGCCUAUUUGUCUUCUAUAUUGUCAACUAUAUCAGAGGAGGAACACCUACUUACCAAGCAUGGAACAAGGAGCUGGGAAAGACUGUGGCGACCGACUAUCCGGUUUUUGGUCAAGUCUUUAUUGCCAUACUGUUGGCAUCUGCCGUCAGCUGUGUUCCCCUCUCGGCUCUCUAUGUGUACUGCACGAACAGGAAACAAUCAAAUUCUGUCAAGAAUAGACAAUCGGUCAACACCAUAUCUACUUAGAGCACCUAAGUGUAGAUGAUAAGUGCACCUUUUCAAUUUUGUUGAUGUGGUCCAAUUUUACGACCGUUUUUUUUCUAUCUUUCUUAAGGCACUUUACACAGGUCACAGCGGGUAUAAAACCACACUCCUCACCGCUGUGUGAGCAAGGGAUAAUUCCCUUCUUGGAAGAAACAUGCAGUAGACUUGCUAAUAUUACUCCCAGUCGAAAUAAGGAUGUAGUCGUCGCAGUGUUGUUUACAAGCAGGAAUAGCAAGGAGAAAUAGGAACAUAAUGAUGAGCUCUCAAGCACCAACUGGAGCAUCUAAAAUUACUUCCUGGAGCAACCUGCCAACCAAAUUCUCUUCAAGUGGAAUAUUCCCUCUGUCCCUGUGUCCAAAAUUAAUUAGAAUGCACAAUUGUCAAUAUUGACAGUGACUGUGGUGAAAAUCUAUACAUUUAUAGAUGAUCCAAAUCAUCUGGAAAGUUGUUUUGGAAAACGGAUAUUUGUUGAUGUUGUAAAUUGUUUCCACCUAAUGUAUUAUUACUAGUACAUUGUUAUACGUAUAUGAUAUAUUAAUAUUCUGUUUGUACAGUCCCAACAUUUGGUGUAGUUUCCUUCUUAUAAAUGUUUUAUUUGAAAUACCCUUUAUUGUGUAAAGUAUGAUUAGGUACUGACAAUAUUGCCUCCUAUGCGUUUUAACAUGAAAUAUACUGUAGAUAGCUGUCAUUUGUUGAAAUUGUCAAAUAUACAAUAUUAUUAUCACGUCGUUCUUAAUCCUCCAUAUUCAGACAAGACUUGAUGUUAGGAAUCUCGUAUACAUUUUUUUUUCCAUUAAAAAAAGGUAUUUCAUGGAAUACAAUAUGAGUGGUAGCAUGUAUGUAUAUAUGUACUCAUUUCUCUGUGUGUGGAAUGUUGAAUGUUUUGAUUAAAGACUUUAAUAACUA